AUGUUGUUAUCAGAAUACAAUAUCCAAUACGUUGCACAAAAGGCCAUCAAAGAAAGCGUACUAGCAGACCAUCUUGCUCACCAGCCGGUAGAGGAUUACCAACCUUUGAAGUUCGACUUCCCAGAUGAGGACAUCAUGGUUGUCAAGGAUGUUGAAGCCUCUGAACUCGAGGAGGAACCUGAACCAAAUGAACACUGGAAUCUCAUGUUCGACGGCGCUUCAAAUGCAAUAGGUCAUGGAAUUGGAGCAGUAUUGAUGUCUCCCAAGAAUUUUCAUUUACCAUUCACUGCGAAGCUUUACUUUACCUGCACGAACAACAUGGCUGAGUAUGAAGCCUGCAUAUUGGAGCUAGAAGAAGCUAUUGAGUUAAAGAUUAAAGUACUUGAGGUAUUCGGAGACUCCACUCUAGUGAUACAUCAGAUCAUAGGUGAUUGGGAAAUGAGACAUGCUAAUUUAAUUCCAUACCGGGAUUAUAUGCUGUAG